GUAUGGGUUACCCCGCAUAACCUGGAUGGGACUGAUGGGUAAGAUCCAGUGGAUAAGUGACUUGCCCCUCCAGGGUUCUUGCUCUUAUCGAAUUAAGGCAGGAUCCAGUUGAAUGCCGAUGCUCCUAACCUCUCUCUUUACGCCACUAAUACCCAAGUACAUAUUGUAUCUCCAACUAACGACGACAUAGUGCAGUGAAGGGGUCCUGCGAUACCUAGCCUAAUAACCGACCUCAACGGAGGAAUCCCAACUCAUAAGAUGUCCGACUCCAAAGAGCGAUUCUUUCGCUACUUUCAAGCAGAAAUAACGGCUAUCCAGGACCAGAUCGAUGACUUAGCAACAAUGGCCGCGGUGGGAGGAGAACGACAAGAUUGUAUUGACAACGUAUUAUCUGGAAUCUCUCGCCUGUCAAACGAAGUGAUGGACGCAGGUGACUAUAUCCCGGCGUAUGACCAACGAACGUACUCCCAGGCUAUCAAGGCCCUAACCGACAAACUCAACGAGACCACCGCCAAGUUUGCCCCAAAAUCACGCUUCCAGUUCAAGUCCAAGUCGUCCAAGCCAGCAUCUGCUGCAUCAGCUCCGAUAGUGGACCCGCGAGUACGCACGGCGUUUAGUAAUGUUGGAUCCAAGCAAUCGCCGGUCCUGGACGCGGCAAAGCGCGACGCCAUGAGUGAUCUGAAAUCUGCCAAAGACUACAAUGAAGAGCUGGAACACCAGUCAGGUGUGAGGAAGCCGAGUUUCUCGAACGCGAAGAGUAUUUCCAUAUACGACCACACCGGAUUACACAUCAUGCUCCCUUCCACGGCCUCGAGAGCCACGUCGUCGGGCAGCCUAGCAAACCUGGAACGCUGUGUCGUCGAUAUGACUAUCCCUACAAGUACUGGAGCGCCGUUUGCAGGAUUGGUCUUGAAAAAUAUAAAGAACAGCCUGAUAAUUGCGGGACACGUAGCGGGACCGGUACACAUGACUGGGCUGGAGAAUAGUAUUGUCGUGGUCGCUUCGCGGCAAGUCCGCAUCCACGAGUGCAAGAACGUCGACAUCUACCUCCACUGUAGGAGCCACCCCAUCAUCGAAGAUUGCUCAGGCAUGCGAUUUGCACCGCUACCCGAGCUUUACACGAGCGAUUUGGAGAUAAAGGGAGAGGAUCAAUGGGACAAGGUAGACGACUUCAAAUGGUUGAAGACCGAGCCGUCCCCGAACUGGAGCAUCCUGCCGGAAGAGAAGCGGAUUCGGGAGGAUAUAUGGAAGAACUCGGUGCCUGGAGGGCCAAACCUGAGUACGGACGACAUAUUACGGAAAGUAGGGGUCCUUAGUUCGUGAACAUCCGAUUAGGAAGAGUUGCAAGGUGGGUGCUUAAUUCGUUAUGGCGAGCGUGAUGACACUUGGGGAUUACACACCCAAAUAUUGAUGAUUUAGAGCAGCGUCAGUAGACCCUUUUAUUUC